AUGCGGGUUGUCACCCAGUCGGUAGUCCCGCGCGACAUCACCGAUGAAUUUACAUCAGCUGCCUCAAGUGAGCGACUUCCACUUUGCUGCCCGCCCUUGUAUUAUUCCACAGUCUCAAGUGAACUUCUCGCUGACUGCAUUUCUACCUCAAACCUAGAACUGAAAACUGGCCAGCUUGUCAAAGAUGAAUACUUCACACUUUUCGAAGCAGUUGGGGCGCUGGAGAUUAUGGACUCCAAAAUGGACAGUGGAUAUCUAGGCCCCGGUGAAAAUCAUGCGCAGGCUUUGGAUGACGACUACGAUGUGACGCGGGAGCUUGGUCCAGAGGAGGUUCUUGGUAUUAUGGAUGGAUUGCUGUGUCAUGAGAUGGCAUGGCAUAUGGGCCACCCCCUUUCCCAAACCCUCUUCACAUCCCUGUACCUUGAUAAGCUCUUGUGGCCGGUCCCCAAGUCGCUCGACGAUGCCACCUUCUUUCGCGGGCGUUCCACAAGUAAUGACAAGCCAGCUUCAAUCGUGCAUCUGGUACUGCGUGCUUAUUGUCUUGCGCUCCUCAAAUGCUGCGACUUUGUGCAUGCACGGGUAGCCACCGAAUACUAUUUCGAGGAAGAGGACUUUGUCACCCAGCUUUAUAAUCGCACUCUGCUGUCGCAAUUCGAACCGGAAUUAUUCUACAGCCUCCUUGAUCAAGCGAUUUAUUGGGUUGACGAACAAAAGGGCAAAUUAGAUGAGAAAUUGCAGCAGGCCAUCAAAAUAAGAUUGCUCUUCCGACGUGAUUUUUUGAAGGGUAUGGAACAAGAUAUCAACGUGAUCGAGACGAGGUCAAAGGAGCCAUUUCUGGCUUGUCUGUCUCAAUUGGACGACAUGGCCAAGUCGACUACCCUUGGAGCCCAAGUACCUGAUUCCUUCAGUUGGAAGAUCCAAAGAAAGCUGGCCAGCACUGUGCCUCCACGACCAUUGGUGAAUAUCAAUUUUGACGAUGCGCUGGCGCAUCUGAGACGACUAUGUCAAGACGCGAUUGAUCUCCAAGAAGUCAUUGAUUACCGCGGUCCCUACAAUUUCAAGAUAACUGUCUGGACCUUGCUGUCACGGAAGCCUCAGCCAUCAGUAUAUAUCCGAUCGCUGGUUCAGACAAUGAUCCUGAACAACAUGACGAUACUCGGAACCGUUCCGGUUAAACAAUUUCUGUACGAUGAGCUUGCGGAGCUUGUACUACCGUCAAGUAUACUUCUUCAAGCCAACAUGGACGACAUUGAGGUGCCUUCAGACCCCCGCUUUCAAAUUGCUAAGCAAAUGGACGCAUUCGUGCACCGUUUCUCCCAGCCUUUCGUGGACACGUUUCGUAGUUCCUGCCUGAAUCGCUGCCGCAUCCGCCGUACUGUUUGCCAUACCGUUGUUGAUUGGGAUAACCUGCAAAUGGAGGCGGAAGAUUUGGAUGAGCAACUCCGUACUCUCAGCAAAGAACCCCCGCUGAUGCUCGCCAACGGCGACGCAACUUAUUCAUACCCUCUUAGCAGCUGGGCCUACCAUCAGAAACUGGUUCAAUUCCGUCUCAUCCUUCAGCUCGGGUUCGAGCUUUCGAUCUAUGCACCGGAAGAACUACCGGGGAUGUACUGGUACCUGUCCCACAUCUGCUCUACCCAUCUCGGUCAUAUCGAUCGUAUCCGCACGUUCACUGUUGCCACGGCCAAACGAAACCUUCCGGAUGUGGCCGCCAAGAAGCGCGACGCUCUUGAGCGCCACGCCGCCCUGCAGAAGUCGCUGAAGCUGCUCGAACGACUCACGACGCAAAUUGUUGCGAUUGACGCGUUUGCGAUUUCCCUGCACGCCUUGUACGUGCUCCUCGCUCGCCAUCGUGUCCUCCCCGCCGCCUCUUCACCCCAAGCGUACUCUAGUGACCGGUUGCGCUACGAACUCCGUAUGAAACCCUUCCUUUCAAUUACCCUGCCAGAAUUAGUACCGUACGAUGAGUACCGCCGGGAAGCGGUGCUCGAAGGGGACAGUGACGAGAUCGUGCUCGAGCGUGCCACUAAGGCGAUCUCGGAAGCCCGGAAAGCGUGGGAAGCCACGCUAGCGAACGGGGCCUUUAUCCGGGAUUCGGACGAGGAUGAGAGCCCCGCACCGGCCAUUGAAGAGGACUGGAAGCGCGACAUCAAAGACACGAAGCGCGCUUGCAUAGGCGCCAGUAUUGCAAUCGGAACGGUCAAGGAAGCGUUGGAGAAGCGCACGCAGCAGGAACCAUCCGAUGAAGCGGCCAACAGCCCAUCGGUGAACCUUCGGGUGACCAUUCCCGAGGUUGGGAACAAGGCCCGUUGGCAUGACUGGUGGAUAGUCCCGCAGAUCUCCCAAACGACAGUAGCCUCUUAA